ACACCUUACGACGCAGCAAUUGUGUACCCACUACCAAAUCUAAGCAAAAUGGCAUUCAAGUUCGUAGCAAUCCUCGCUUUUGCCGCGGUGGCCAGCGCUGGCGUUCUGCCCGUGCAUGAGGUCUACCAACACGCACCCGUUGCCACCGCCGUCGUGAAGGCGCCAGUGGCUUAUGCCGCGCCAGCUCCAGCUUAUGCUCAUGUCGCUCACGCUCCAGUUGCUGUACACGCUCAUGCUCAACCGGUUCUUGCCAAGCACGAUGACGAAUACGACCCACAUCCACAAUACAAAUACGGCUAUGAUGUGCAGGACGCACUCUCUGGCGAUUCCAAGAGUCAAACGGAGGAGCGCGAUGGUGAUGUCGUCCGCGGCGAAUACUCCUUGGUCGAUGCUGAUGGUUUCAAGCGCGUUGUUCAAUAUACCGCCGAUCCCGUUAACGGUUUCAACGCUGUUGUCAACCGCGUGCCUUUGGAACAUGUAAAAACUGUGGUGAAAGCUGCUCCCGUAGCCUACGCCGCCCCAGCUCCCGCUUACGUUAAGGAGUACGCCGCUCCAAUUGCGUAUCAUCACUAGAGUAAUUUAGGGAACGCAAUUUUGUUGUUCUUAUCACUGGAAAAAAUUGUUAAGUAGUUUUAGGAAAAAAAAAAAUUCAAUAAAAGCCAUUGAGCUUUUAAAGCUUCAUCUAUAA